AUGAAGAAGAUGGCGGAUGCUGAUCGCCCUGGUUCUCGCUCCCCCAAGUUUGCCGAAGGAAGACAGACCCCAGGCAUGCGUCCGAAAAGCAAGAGCUCAUCUCCGAAAGGCGCCGGCACCCCAAAGUCAGCAAGCAACGAAACGCCAAGGCCACCAGUGGUACCACAGACUGCAGGGUCAUCGAAGCCUGCGAAGUCUGGGCCAGCGUCCCUGAGACCUGGAGGUGUGCCACCGCUCAAAGCUUCGCCAACACGCGGCGGUGCAACGCAGAAACGGGAUGGCACAACGCCGAAGAAGAGUGGAACUCCCAACGUUAUAUUCGGCUCGUCUUCACCCGCGAGGAAGGCUCCUCCCGCAGAAUUUGGUGUGCCGGCUCAACCCGGUGGGAAGGCACAAACGCAAGGCGCGUGGAAGUGGCUCGACGUGGUGCGCAAACAUGUCGGCACACCGAGUCUAGGAGGCACACCGACACCAGGCGGGUCACCGAGGGUCCCCGGAUCGCCGAGACUAGCGGCCACACCCGCCCGCCGAGGUUUGAUAGAAUUUUUAUCUGCGGCGUAA